CACCUGCUUUAGAACGCCUCAAAAACAGUUUUAAUCCUCUUCUUCAAACCUCCUCUCCGAUAUGUAACCUCUACCUGCCUCCAUUGGUCGGCCGUGUCGGCAGUCCAGCGCCUCCGACGUUCAAUCGAUGUCCCACCAGACGAGCGCUUCACUGACUCAAAAUGGAAGGAUAUAUCCACAGGUCGGCGACUAAUGGAUCGAGAACGCCUUUAAUCAUCUCACCAAGUCGAUGGUUCUUCUACUUCACAUAAUCAUCUUGCUGCACGGAACCAUCGACGGUCCAAUGGCAAGAAGACGAUUUCCAGAUGUAGAAGAGUUCUAUCAGCAGUGCGACCCUGGAAAUGGCAUGAAGCACAGAUGCCAGCUGCUAGGCCGCUCCAAAGAAACGAACACAACAGCAGCAAUAGUGGCUCAAACGGAGCAGGGCAGUAGAGUAGUAUUGGCCAUAUUAGAUGGUGGUGGUGGCACUGUGUGAACUUCCAUAGAUGGGAUAGAUUUUCCAUGAAGGCUUUUUCUCAAAUCAGUUGGACCUCAUAUUUGGCAUCUGGAAGGAUGUAAGUGGGAAUGUUCGCUAUUGUUGCAAGAUAUGGUUAGGUGAACUGCAGGUGUGAAAUCGGUGGAUAGAGAUUGGAAGGUGAGGAAAUUGAUCACUCAUACAUCGGAAUUUGUAGGGCUUCACACCGGAUGGUUUAAUUCUAUUUCAAGGUUUCAUUUUUAUAAUUUGAGGACGAUAUUGCCCCUGAACAUUGUUUUUAAAUUAAUAAAAUUCAAUAUUUAUUGUUUUAGGACGAUAUUGCCCCUCCACACUUUUAAUAUUAAAAAAAAAUUCAUUUUUAGGACCAUAUUGCCCCUGCUUUUAUAUUAAUAAAAUUAAUUUCUUUAUAGUUUUAGGACCAUAUUGCCCCUACUUUUGAAUAUGUUCAACAAUUUAAGGUAUUGUCAUCAACAAACGUAAAGUACAAAUCUUGCAAAAUAGGUAUGGUGUUAUGGUGUGUUUCUGAAUAUCAUCUAGGUUUUAUGCAAUUUAACUUUUUUUAUACGCCCAUACUAUUUUAUCGUUUUAUGUACUCAUACUUUUUUUGGAUAAAAAAAGUUAUUUUAACAGUUUUGACCAAACUACCCCUACAUGUUGUUUUUUGGUAAAAAACAAGUGGACGUAUUUUUGCUUCUUCUUGCAUUUAGCCCGCUAAAUAUUUCCAAUAAUUUUUUUAUUCUUAUAGCAUUUUACUUCUUUGUUAUUUUUUAUAACAGUUGCAUGGUUUUAAGGUAAAUUUCAUUACCUUUUUGUAUCUAAUAAUGGUUAUAUUUCAUUCCACUCACUAAUCUAUUGAUGAUUUCCGAAUGGGAAAUUGCCUCCAUAGACAAUAAGAUUGUACAAAUGAUAGCAUUUGGUGAUUCAGCAGAGAAGGAGGCGAGAGCAAAAAGGCAACUGAUUCCAACGGACCUACCAAGAUUUCAAACAAAGAAACUUAGGGUUUCUUGCUUUCUUCCCCAAUUCUAUUUCAAUAUCCACUUACCUUAGAGGGGAAUAAUGCUUACAACAUUGACAGAUGCAUCCAAUGCAAGACAUCCAUAUCUGCAGUUCUGCACAUAGAAGCUGUUCGUCAAGAUGCAAGUUCCAUGAAUAAGAAAUUAGCAAUCUAUCCACCUCCUCAUAAAAAUCUUUUGUAAACAUACACAUAUUAUAAUUCUAUCAGUGUACCAACCUUAUUCAAUUACUCUAGCAACCUUCUGU